UCACGCUAUUUGGCUGUGGAUUGUGAGAUGGUCGGUAUCGGGAGUGAAGGCCAACAAUCUGCUUUGGCCCGAGUUUCAAUAACAAAUUGGAACAAAGAUGUGGUCUUGGACACUUUCGUGAAAGUUCCUGGUAAAGUGACCGACUUUCGUACCUGGGUUUCGGGUGUUCAGCCAAAACACCUCAAGUCGGAUCAAGCCAUGGAUGUGGAUGCUUGUCGCAAGACUGUGGCUAGGCUACUGAAGGGAAAGAUUCUAGUCGGACAUUCUUUGAAGAAUGAUUUGCAUGCCCUCAUGUUGAAUCAUCCGAAACAAGACAUUCGGGACACGGCCACGUACCGGCCUUUCCAGAGAUUGGGAGGCAAGAAAUGGAGACCAAGGAAGCUCCGCGAUCUUGUCAAACAACACGUGGGCCUUACAAUUCAAGAGGAGGGCCAAUCGCACGAUUCUGUUGAUGAUGCGAAUGCUACUAUGGAUCUGUUCAAAGUAGCUCGCGAAGUGUGGGAGCGAGAGCUUGAACAAAAGAAGAAGAAGCUGCCCGUGAAUAAGUAA